AGCUGAGAUUUAUCAGCAGACCCAAUGGGUAGAAUAUUAAGUGCGAGCCAGUCAUUCUGCCAACAUUAUCAGCAAUGUAAACCGAGGAAUAACCCUCAGUACCAAGGACUAUAGAACUGCAAAAAGACACAUUUGAUCGUCAGGCUUUGGGCAAAAGGGAAUCGGGAACUGCUAUGCUUCACACCCUUGCCGCAGCUAUGAGCAACCAACUCCAAAAUACCUCUUCCUUAAAUACACUAAACUGGUUUUCGCAGGAAGGGAAAAACUCUACGACGGUCACAACUGCCGAUCUGCGGCCGGUGUCUGUCAACCCUUGGGACAUUGUGUUGUGUGUGACGGGGACCCUCAUAGCCUGUGAAAACGCUAUCGUUCUAGCUAUUAUUUUCUACACACCCACUCUGCGGGCGCCCAUGUUCAUCUUAAUCGGAAGUCUAGCAUUUGCAGACCUGCUUGCCGGACUCGGCCUAAUUAUGAAUUUCACCUUCAUCUACCUGCUUCAUUCGGAACUUGCUUCUUUACUCUCCGCUGGGCUGCUAAUAGCUGCCUUCUCUGCCUCUGUGUGUAACCUCUUGGCAAUCACUAUAGACCGGUAUUUGUCUUUAUACAACGCUUUGACGUACCACACGGAGCGGACAGUGGCAUUCACAUACACGGUGCUGGUCGUGCUGUGGGUGCUGUGCAUCACUCUGGGACUGUUACCCGCAUUGGGUUGGAACUGUUUGAAUGACGAGUCCUCCUGCAGCGUUCUGAAGCCCGUCACCAAAAACAACGCGGCCGUCUUGUCUGUGUCUUUCUUAUUAAUAUUUGCCAUGAUGAUACAGCUGUACCUGCAGAUCUGCAAAAUCGCCUUCCGGCACGCACAGCAGAUUGCGGUCCAGCACCAGUUCAUGACCACUUCGCACGCCUCUUCGACCACGAAGGGAGUGUCUACGUUAUCCAUUAUUCUGGCGACCUUUGCCUUUUGCUGGAUUCCUUUUGCGGUGUACUCCCUGGUCGCAGACUACCGCUAUCCCAUGAUAUACACCUACGCUACGGUUCUGCCGGCGACGUGCGGUACCCCCGCGUCCGUGGAAACGAUAGGGUUAAUAGUGGAUGCGAUUCCAAGAAACCGCAACAUUUCGAGAAAGUCUUCUUUGGGGUCUGCCGUCCUUCAGGGAUGCACCCACCGCACGAACACCGACACAAGGGUGAUUAAGAGGACUCUGGGUCCUGUAGUUCGGUGGCUUAUUACAGCAGGAUUAUAG